CUCCUGAUCAUGGCUGUGACCAACCAACCAGGCAGUUAUCAACCUUCUGACUUCCAGACCGGUUUGUGUGAUUGCUGCGAUGACUGCGGCACCUGCUGCUACGCUCUGUGCUGCCUGCCGUGCCUCGGCUGCUCCAUCGCCAGCGACAUGGACGAGUGCUGCCUGUGUGGUCUGACUGUGUUAAUGCGCAGCGUCUACAGGACCAAAUACAACAUCAACGGCUCCCUUUGCAACGACUACAUGACGUACAUGUGCUGUGGGAUGUGUGCCGUCUGCCAGCUGAAGAGAGACAUCGACCGCAGGAAGGAGCAAGGCAUCUUCUGA